UGUGAAGCCACAGGAACCUCUCCAGUAUACGUCGCAUUGAUGUGGAAUUCUAUAGUUCUGGUCAAUGAGACUGACAACGCAGUAACCCAAUUGUAUUUGGAGGGAAACUACCACUGCAUAGCCACUAACAAUUAUGGAACAGACACAAGAGUUAUUCCGUCUUUGUAAUAAGUAAGGGAAAAUGUCAGUUCCUUCAUAUCUAGAAUAAUUAAGUCCGUCACACUUCUACAAUUUGUCGAUUUGUUUACUAAUCAGAACCUAAAAGGCACCAGGUCUAAACCAGCUUAAAACCAGCAUUACGCUGGUAAAACGGUGAAGUUUAGUGUCUUCCAUUUCCUAUGGGCGAGGUGGCCAAGCAGUUACAACAGGGCAGCGUGACCGAGCGGUUUGAGCGCCGGACUUGCAAUUCAGGAGGCCCCAAGUUCAAGUCCCGCACUGACCGCCAGCUGGAUUUGUUCACGGUUGUCCCGGUUCAAAUCCUCGACCACGCUUGUAAAUAGCCAGCUGGUUUGCCUCCGGCCAGUUGGAUUCUUAACCCUGUUAAGUUUGAUUUGAAUUAUUUGUUUCAGGCAUUUCUCGGCCUCACUAGCAUUAGUGCUAUAAAUACUGCCGAAGGUAAAUAACGGAAUUAUUACUUCGGACUUGAAGUCAGUUUCAAGCCUUUCCGUCUCGUUUGUUAGACAAAAAUGUUGCUCAAAUUUGUUUCUCUUCAGGCAGCUGAAUGAACGGGUACCGGCAACAGACUGCCGAGGAAGGUAACUCAUGGAAUUACAUUACAUCUAGGGUGGAAAUAGCAAUACUGCUUGGUGCUUCUUGCUUAGAAAAGAUGCGAUCAGUGCUGAAGUUAUUUAUAAUAGCAAUAGAAAACUUAUUUUUUCUGUUUUUUGCAUAGCCUGAUUUAACAGUUGGGGGUGGGUGUGUGUGUGUGUGUGUGGGGGGGGGGGCUGAGGUUAGUGUUCAUUCGCCCAUGGGUAUAUAUAGGUAAUGUGUAAUUGAACAAUCAAAGUGCUCUUUAUUACUUUUAUGCUAUAAAACAUUUAUAUAUUAUCAUUGACAGGUUGUGGUUCUGUUGUUAACAAUACACUGAAAAGUCCUAAUUAUCCAAUGGACUACCCAAAAGCAUGCGCUGUUUUACAGAGUUUCCAUUCCAUAUGGCAUGGUCUUGAAAAUAGUCUUCAAGAUUUUCUUCUGACAUGGUAA